UAAACUGAAAAUUACGACAUCAGCUUACAUCCGCCAAUAACAUUCAUUGGACGUUUGGCAGCGAUGUUUUCAUUAGUCACGACGUUACUUCCUGUUUCAAACAAAACCCGCCGGUUCUUGUUUAUGCUAGCGCCAGUAAAAAAAAAACAAGAAGCUAAUAACUGUAACAAAAGCUUCAACGUGACAACAUCAACUAGUUUCGCUAUAGAUAGUCAGUCAGAGAAUGCUUCAUGUUGUGCACUCAAAGUUAGUGCAGUUUGCAGAUAGUUGAUUAGGGCAACUCUUGGAAAGAAUUUGUUAGCUACCGUUUUUCUUCCUUCGAUUUGGACAGCAGUUGACUAGCCAGCUAUGCCAAAGCAAGGGCUUGCUAGACACAAGGUGAUAUCCUCUGGAAGACUGACUGGAGGUGGCAGGGGCCAGGGCUCAAAGAAGAGGGGAGCAGGGCGUCCACUUGUAACUUCUACUGAGCCGGCUUAUUCCCUCUACUCCACAGACUCAGAGGACCAGGUGACAACCAUUCACAAGGGUCUGGAUCAGUGUGCUGCGCUGCUCAAUGUCAUUCUCCAGGCAGAGACGGCAGAGGCCAAGCCUAUCUCCGUCAGGGGAGCAGGGAAGACUCGAGCCACCAAAUCCCGACCGCUGUGCACUCUGGGAAAGGAGAGGGUAGACACAGAGAGGAGGAAGCAGACAAAGAGGCCUGUCACUCAGACUGCUAAAAAACCAGCUCCCGUGCAGAAGACGAUCCUGUCAUCCCUGUCGUAUCCUGGGAUGAGGAACAAUAUUCAGAGUUCGGCCGGAACGUCAGAGCCGGCGUCAGAUGCUCGGUUUAACUGUCGCCUGACCACCUCCACCCCCACCCUGAGCCCCCAAAGACUCCCCCCUAACAACACACUCCCCCCAGGCCCCUCAGUCCCUCUUGCCCAGCCUGGAGGCUCCAUCAUUGGGGUAGCAUCAGUCCACCUGGGGGGCUCUACCUCCACAGCUCCGUUAGCUUCUCCUGGAGCUGUAGCUACCUCUCUACCCACAGCCCCUCUCACAGGCCCAGUGCCCUCUCUCCUCGCAGCCCAGCCAGGAGGCUUCGUCUCUGGGGUUGGAGGUCCGGCUGCCCAGAGGAGCUCCAGGUCCUGUAGCCUGCACCUCGGUGCUCCCUCUGUGGAGAGGCUAGCCCUGUCUGCCCCCCUGUCCUCUGACAGCUCUGUGUCUGGAGAAAGUGGACAUCCAAUCUCUUCUUCCUGCUCUCCCUCUCGUCAGGGACCACCAGUACUCUUCUCUGAAAUUCAUUCUCAGCCUCUACCCCAACCUCACCCCCUUGCCAACACUCAACCCCAGUCUGCCCCAGAUGCUCCAUCCCAGGGCAGGGGGGGGCAGCUGGUUUCUACCCAGGAUGGAGGGGCCUUAGCCAGGGAGGCUUGCGGCCACAUGGAGGGUAACGCUGGAGAGGAGGAAGAGGAGUGUCCAGUGAGAGACACCAGCGCCCAGACAAGCUUUGACAUACAAACACACACCCAGCUGGCAUACACACACCACACACACUCCUACACACGCAUGCCGCUGGUGCUGGGCUCUAAGGGCUGUAGUCCAGAGGGAACCGCUCGUCAGGUGAUGACUGUUCAGUACCUCCUUGGAGAGUUGAAGGCUCUGCUCGCUGGCCAAGACGGUGUAGCAGAGCGUCUGGUGUGUGAGCUGGAGCAGACAGUGUCUCUACUUCCUGUCAUGGUGGGCAGCUCUAACAUCCAGGCUGAGAUUGCUCUGGUCCUGCAACCUCUACGCAGUGAGAACGCACUGCUACGCAGGCGUCUGAGGAUAGUGAACCAACAGUUGCAGGAGAGAGAGCGAGCAGAGAGGGAGGCCAGAGAUGUCCACUGUGACACAGACGUGUCGGCUCUGCAGUCGGAGCUCAACGAUGCUCACAAAAGCCUGCAAGAGCUGCAGCGCGCCAACACUGAGCUACGGCAAGCCCUGGUGGACACACAGAGCCAGCUGCAGCAGAGUGAGGCGGAGUGCAGUCGCAUCAGUAAAGACGUGCAGUCUGCUCUGGAUGAGGUGCAGGGCUGUAACAGCAGGCUGGAGGAGUGUCAGAAGGAGAACGCUGCACUGGCCCUCAACACCCAGAAGAGGGAGACAGAGAUCCACACACUACAGGAGCACCUCAGAGCUCUACAGGUCCCUGUCGCUGAGUCUCCUGCUGUGACUGACAUCCCUACGUCCCGCCUCCCUCUCACUAAACAAGCUCUGGACCAAUACCAGGACCAGCAGGGUCCGUCAGACCACCCAGUCAGCCAAUACCUGUGGUCGUUGGAGCAGAAGGGGUGUGGUUCUGUCUCCCUGCCCUGUAAAGGCCCUGAGUGCAACUACACACAUCAGCAGGACUUCAGUGUGUGUACACCAGGUGGUCAGAGUGUGUGUGCGUUUGCAGAUCAGGACGUGAGUGUGUGUGUGGCUCUGGAAAGAAAAGCCACCCCACCUUUGGCCUUCGCCCCACUGAGAGAGACUGUGAGGUCAGCACUUCCUGUUGAGGGGUCACCGCUUCCUGUGAUGUCACAGAGAGGAGGAGGACCACAGGGUCUUCAGAGGCUUACUGUUGCCCUCGAGAGUUUCCCUCAAUUAAAAAGUAUAUUUUCUAAUCUCCACCAAUCAAACGGACUCUGCUCUAAUGGUGCUGGACACUCUGACCUGUCCCAGAGUCACCGGCGCCGUCUGGACAUGGAUAUGGCAUCACCGGGCAAGGGGCGGAACACUUCGCUUGACUCCACCGGCCUCUCCUUAUGUGAGGUCAGAUCCUUGGCUUCUGAUUGGAGCGCAGGGUCAAGCUCGACCUUUGACACGCGUGACGAACAGGAGUUCCGGAACGGGCUGGCCGCUCUGGACGCCAGCAUUGCCAGCUUGCAGAGAACUAUAAAGCAGGACCUCAAGAGAUGACACACACACACACAUACACACAGUGAGGUAGUCUGAAUCUAUUCCAAUGUAAUAAAAUAACCAAUGUCUUUUUCUAGGUUUCUUUUUAAUUGUACUUUAUUUGAAUAAAAUGGCAAAUAAAAUAUUUAUUCUUUA